AGCUGUUGUCUAAAAAAGCUUAAACUUCUUGUGAAAAUAAAUAACGACAACAUGAAUUUACCUACAAAUAAUGGAGAAAAUUUACAAAUAUCAAUUGAAGUUUCCAUUGGGUGUUUUGUUUGGUUUUGUGAUUCAAAUGAAAGGAGAAGAGUGGCAAUUAAAUGUGAAAAAGUUGAUGAUCAGAGAAAAUUGAAUUCCUUUACAAAUUUCCACCACAAUUCAAUAAUUACAUUUUCGAAUAUUUUCAAACAAAAUGGUCAAAUAUUUCUGGCAUCAACGUUAAAAAUGGAUUUGGGAACGUGUAAAAAUCUCUUAAAUUCAACAUAUAUUGAAGGAUUUCCUGAACCUGUUAUCAAAAUUAUUGCUAAAAAUGUUUUGAAAGGAUUAAUGUUUCUUCACUCUAAUGGAAUAAUACAUCGGUAA